GCCAAAAGAUGCAGGUGACAGGAGGUGACGGUGUGGAGCAGACGGUCCUCUGUCAUUCACUUUGAGUCAGUCACUGAGACAGCUACACUGGAUUGACGAUCCCUUGGUGCCAGGCACAGACUAUUGGAAAUUCCCCAGCAUAGUCUUCUGAUUCUUGUACACAGUCCGCGACACAACAACAGUGAAAUAACAACAGUGAAAUAUUCCUCGGAAGAUGUGAUUGAACGAGAAAGCACCACUGGCAGACUAUUGUGUCGCAUCUCUUGAGGAAUGCUGAACACGUUAAAAGUUACCAAGACAACGGGGUUUAUACAUUGAAACAUAUCACUGCUUGGAGACACUAGCUGUGAGAUAUAUGAUAUCCCAGAGACGCACCUGCAUCUGUGAUAUCUGCCUUGUUUGUGUAGUUGUAUACCAAAACAACAAUAACCUUGUAGGUACAUACUGUGAGAUAUAUACAAUGCUUACCAGAGAUGAUUAAGGAACUGGAAAUAAAUCAUUAACUUCAUUAACUAAUUUAAAUAAUAUCUGUGGAAAGAGCCUAACAUCCAGAGUGAAGGCAAGCCUUUCAUUAUAACCAAAGAGAAAGUUUGUAUAAGAAAUAAAAGGGAUAGCAGAGAGUUGUAACUUACUGGAGAGUCCUGGAGAACUGUGGUCACUUCCUUCAAGUCUAGUGUGAAAGGAGACCAGCUGGACUGGCUUAGACAAAUCAAUUGAUUACCGAGAGAAUAUAAUGCCCGAAUCGCCCGACCCUAAGUCAGCUUUACAAUCUCCAAUAGCAUCCAGUAUGGCUGGGGGAAUCUCCGCCCGAGACGUGCCACGUCCCCACUCCAGGGGCAGUACUCUGUCAGUAAAUGGAACACACUCACCCCUGAGUGGUCUGAAUGGCCGGACUCCAUCACCAAAUCUAAUGGUCAGUUCAUCCGUUAGCCAGCAACUUCCUCCUGCUUGUGGGGCUCGACAACUCAGCAAAUUAAAACGCUUUCUCACAACACUCCAGCAGUUUGGCUCCGACAUCUCACCGGAGAUUGGAGAGCGAGUCCGGACUUUGGUACUCGGACUUGUGAAUUCUCAUCUUUCCAUUGAAGAGUUCCAUGCAAAGCUACAGGAAGCGACCAAUUUUCCUCUGCGACCAUUUGUGAUACCAUUUUUGAAGGCCAACCUGCCCCUCCUCCAGAGAGAGCUGUUACACUGCGCGCGUAUGGCCAAGCAGACACCGCAGCAAUUCCUCAACCAGAAUGAACACAUUCUGUUUGAUGCAUCAUCAUCACCCAUCGACUCACAUGACAUCCCAACAGACAUUAACGAAAACGGAAAACGUCGAUCUCCCGACAGUAGAUCUAAGGACAACGGUGUAGGACCACCUCACUCCGAACCUGAACAUCCAGCCAAGCGCCAUCAUUCCUUGAGCCCGAGGGUCAGCCCAAACGGCGUACUAAAUCUCACUGCAGGACCAAUUCGACUAGAGGACAUCAGUAUAUCACGGGAACUCCGCGAAAGGGAGAGAGUGGAACGAGAAAGAACAGACAGGGAGCAUGGUGAUCGUGACAGAGAACCAAAUUUCUCUGCUCCUUUCAAUAACAACAAUUUUAAUCGGUCUGAUUCAUUUGAACCACUUGAGCGAUUGGAUGACGACUGGAGACAUGUAGAAACAAUGCUGAAUUGCAUCAUUGGGAUGGUGGACAAGACCAAGCGGGCCCUGGCUGUACUUCAGGAACGAAGUCUACGAGACCGCGAGGAACUGUCUCUGUGGAUGCGUCGCCAUGCUGAGGGUCUUGACCAGGACAUGAAAAAACGCUCCAAUGACAUGAUGGCUCACACUUUACGGCACACAGAGGACCGUGUCUCUGACGUGAGGCGUAGAGCUGAGGAGGCUGUGAACGAGGUGAAGAGACAGGCUAUGUUAGAGCUACAGAAGGCUGUGGCUGCAGCCGAGCAGAAGUCCCGGGAGAUGGUCACUGCUGAGCGGCUCAAGAUGGACCAGGCAGUGAGCGAGGCUCGUAAACAAGCUCACAGUGAAACUCUGGCCAAUCUCAAUCAUCAGGAAGAUUCUAGCGAGAGCUGCUGGAACUGUGGCAGGAAGGCCAGUGAGACAUGUAGUGGCUGUAACAUAGCACGAUACUGUGGCUCAUUCUGUCAACACAAGGACUGGGAGAACCAUCACCAUGUAUGUGGCAAGUCUCAGGUUUCGGAUGUCCGUUCCGACUCCUCCCGCUCUAAUCGUUCCCAGGGUCCGGGACUACAAUCAGACUCCCACCCACCCGCAACCACCCAAGUUUCAAGCCCCGCCCACUCGACCACUUCACCCACCCACUCUUCGGGUGCGUCUCGCUCCAGCACGCCAGCUGAAACCAAAUCAGCAGAUGCUGCACAUUAAGGAGGUGGAGUAAUGAUUCGGAGUUACCUCCCUUGGUAGAUUCCAGAGUUAUCUACCCAUCAGAGAAAAACUAUGGACCAAUUUCAUGACUUAUACACAUAUAUCUGUAUCACCAUGACAUAACUAGAUGUUUUCAUUGAUUUUAUUAAACUUAUGGCAGGAACCAUAACUUCAGGUACAUUACAAGUUUGUGUAGCAGUAUUCUGGAAAAUACUGAAAUCUUCUUACAAAAUGGCAGAGACAUUGUAUUAGUAAAUACAUAAAUGAUAUCUAUAAGAAAAGAUUUAUAUACAUAUAAGAGACAGCAGCACUGUUUUGACGUGCAAGAUUUUCACCCAACCAUAUUAAAAUGUGGUCAUGUAGCAAUUUGUGGUGGGUUGGAACACUACCAUCCAGCUAUCUGUGGACUGUACAAGUGUCAAAGAGUGAGGGUGGGCUGGAUUCUGUAGAUCGACUUCACUUUCCUGCAUAUACAAAGGACAAAAUGGAUUCUGUGAAUAUUUACCUGUCAUUAAGUUGGUAUUUAUUGGGUGGACUUGCCUACGGAUAUAAAAAUAUUUGGAUCAGUGUGAACUGGAAAAAGACCUGUGAUGGCAGACAUGUGUAUCAAUAUGUAUGUAACAAAGAUGAUGUGAUAUUGUGUUUGGUGGUGUAUCGUGUGUUAACACUGGAGACAAAAAUUAUAUAUAUACGCCUGUUGAUUGUCUGUAGCUGAUACACAUUACUGAACGAAUUGUGUCUCCGGUCGUUAACCAUUUAAACAGGGUAUCAAAUUGUAUUAUAUUGUCACGUUAUCUAAAGGCUCAAUGCCUGUCUAGGGUCUAUGCGCCGUUUCUUGGAAAAGGAUUUGCACUAGCAUAUUUCAUGGCAAAUAUUUACAUUGAGGAAAAAUGUCUGAAUCCUAUAAAAAUUAAGCCUGAGAAACUACUAUAAACCUUCCUUUUUACCCUUAGUCAUACACCUCUCGGAUAUUCUAAAACAAGUUCUCUCAGUCUACCUAUUUAUAUAUCACAGGGCAAAAAUUUCAGUCACACUUUCAGCUGAUUUUGGUUUUUAAAUCAGUCAUUCAACUGAUUAUAAUGGGAAAUUAUUUUUUAUGUUUUGUUUUAUAUUCUGGAAUAGGAAAAAUAGUCCAAACAGAGGUAAAUAAAAUUUACAAUAUUAAAGUCCUGUAUGUCCAGAUAACAGUUACACUUUGAUAGCGAUAAGUGUACAUUGGCAGCUAAGUUGAUAGCACAUGUAUCUCAGUAUCGUAGUAUACCUAAAAAGAUUGCAUCCAAACCAGACAAGGAAUUGCAGGCUAAUUCUGUUGUUCUGGUUAGGAUUAAUUAUUUCUUUCAUUCAUAAAAUGUCUCUUGCAGUCUUACAAACAAACAAAUAUAAUUCUGUUUGGGUUAUGAAAGACAAAUUUUCAAUUUUGUAAAAGGAAGUCUAUAGCUCUCAUUUUCUUUCUUUUUUUAAUGAAUUCAUGUCUUCAAAAAAAAGUGCUGUUCAUAAUUUAGAUUAAAUGAUAAUGAGUCUGGUUAGUUGAUGAGGUGGGUGUUUAAUUUGAUUUGAUACGAAAUUGAAUUAGAUACAGUAAUAUAUUACUGGUUGACAAAAUCCAUGACAAUAGUUCUGUGGUGACUAACGCAGGCAGCCAAGUGCGGAUUUGUAUGCCUACAAGUUGAGGGAGAAAAUUCUAUCAUUAAAAAAAUGGAUUACCUCCCCUAACAAUAAUAUCAAUCGGGCAAGGGAUUAACUAUUUAAUGUGGUUUUAAAUUUGCACCUGUUAUUUUCUGAAUUCUACAGAAAUCCUUUUGUAAGGAUUAACUCUAUGAUCUACAAAUAUAUGUUGAACAUUAUUCCUCUGUAUUAUAUAAUGCAGACAGAUCCAAUAUUUACAUGAGAUUUUAAAGAUAAAGCUAUUUCUACUAGAGCUGGUACGGCCUAGUGUCCCCUUUCUUUGUGCAAUAUGUAGUUGUGUCCGUCUCCUAGUGUCCAGUGUGUAGGUCAGUGCUCAUAUAUUGAAUAGUAAACGUUUCUUUUAAAAAUCUUUCAGAACUCUGAAAUAAAUACUCAUGAUGAAAAAUU